UUCGAAUCGCCAGAAUAUAUCCUGAGCACAAUGACGGAUGCGGUGUUAGAUACGUGGACCGAACAGAGUCGGCUAGAAUGUCUACUACACUGUCUCGAGAGUUGGGCAGCAGUACCUGACCAAGAUGUCGGUCGCAAAGAAUGGCUGCUUGAACGAUGCGCGGACCUACGGGAAACUGCUGCCGGAAGUCCCGAAAAGCUGGACAUCUACGCACCGGUGAUGUGGAAUACACUGAAAGCGGCGAACUUUGGUAAUUCUCGGCUACUUGAGCUCUGUCAAAAGAACGAAACGCAUGUACUCUCGAGAAUGAUCGUAGCUGCAUUCAUAUACGAAGUCGAGUUACGGGCGCUGGCAGCAACACCCCCUGGACCUCUCAGCUCAGUUGUAGAACACCUCGGGUUGCUGUUCACAGUUCUCGAACAAAUACCAGCACUGCAUGCCGCGCUGUAUCGAGCGCAGACGUUCGAGUGUUGGGCCAUCAUUGAAACAACGCUGGCGCUACGCGCGUCGCAGCCUCGCGAUGAGGCUUCAACUUCAGUUCCAGACCCGUGUCUUCAUUAA